UGAAAAGCGGGGGUGUGUUAGGCAUGCGCCUUGGGGUGCAUUCGGAGUAACGGGGGUGAGGGUAGUGUGUCAGCGGCACGUGGGACUCCAGUUAUCCGGGCCGACGCGCCGGGCAGGACCGUCCCGCAGCUUGUAAUUGUCACGAAGUAUUUCUGAAAACCCAAAAAAUCGAGGAGAAACGACGGGGAAAUACCGGCGAAAAGAAAUCGAACAGACCCAGAAAGAGAGAGAUUUUAAAAAGGCUUUUAAAUUAGUAAAAAGUGCCUUCGCGACCGAUUAUUAUCGGUCGGUGGUUCAUGUCGGUGGCUUUGCUUGAAUUCAGAAUUUUUUUUACGUAAUAAUAAUAACGUUAUCCGGCGAAGGAUCGCUGGGCAAAUCAAACGAUUUUAACGAAUAACCGAUUCAAUCAUUCCGCGCCACUUUGUUACCGCCUGAGAACAGCUUUCAUCUCGUCCCUCGCAAAUAUAAAACAAUUAAACGGCGGUAUGAAUAAUUGCUUCGAUGAAUAUUGAAAUGAUUAAACGCCCCGGAUAUUAUACGGUAAUUUGUACCCGGUGGUUCUUCUUUUUUUUUUAGUAAUCUAAAAACGGUUAACAGGUGGCACGAGUAUAACCGUGCGAGUUGAGUGACACAUCGAUUUUCCGGCGAACGUGUUUAAGGGGUUCGUUUCACCCCGUAAUUAUUUCUCCAUACCGUCCCAUCGAAGCGAAAAAAAAAAUUAUGAUUUACGUUGAUAAUAAAAAAAAACCUCCGAAGAUUUAUCUUUAAUUGUACGAAGUUUGGUGGGGGGCGGUAAAUGCGAGUGAAAAUGGAAAGUCAAAUGUGAAUUGAAUUUGGAGGACGGCGUUAUUGUGUGAAAUAUAUCGCGUUUUAUUCCGAGGAGUUUUUAAAAAACAUUUUCUAGUUGGUUGAAUUGAUUUUUAAGUCCCCAGCUACUUCGCCGACACGUCUGAGUGCAGAGUGAAAGCUUUGCUUUUUAAAUUGUGUACACAGAACCCCGGGAGACCAAAAGGAUGAAGAAAAAAAACGAAAAAGGAAAAAUAAAAGUGUGAUAAUCAAAAGAAAACUCCUAGUGGAAAAUUGAAGUACUUUGUUAUUUUUAGUCUUGAAUUGUAAAAAGUUCUCGACUGUUGUGAGUUAAAAUCUUCAUCUUUCACAUCGCUUUAUCGCUGUUUAGAUUUUUCUUUCUCUUUUUCUGCUUUCCGCUCGACUUUUUAAUUGCGGAUUUCGUGGCGGGGCGGCUCGGAAUUUCCACAGAUUUAUAGUGUGUUUUCACCGGCGUCGAGAUAGCGCGGAAAUUAUAUAGAAUUUAAAUUUCAACCGUUACGAUCGGAAGUUCGGCGAAUUUUUUCUCCUCGUAGCAAUACCUGUCCGAGCUCUCAAUCAAGAAUCGCAUUAACGUCAAAACUCUUUUCGAAGCUCGUCGUCAUCGCGUCUUUUAAUUACCCUUUGAUCUUCGUUUUUUCAUCCCAUUCAUCCUCGGUAUCGCCGAUAGUUUGACAGUCCUUUUCUACCUUCGAAGCGAACAGACGCAGUCGGUGUUAUGCACCUUGAACUACCUCGGUGGUGAUUAACCGCUGGUCCCCACCCCGAUUUAUGGUAAGCCAUUAAACUUUCAUCGCCCGCUGAGCCGAUGGACUUUUCAAAGGUUCUUUAAUUUGCGUUCACUUCGUGACGCGAAUUUUUUCUUCCAUUCGAAUUCGCGGUUCAAGACCGAUCCACCGGCGCAAGGUCGUUCACGAUCGAAAAAUUCGGGUCGAAGAAAGUUCGCCGCUCAUUCGCUCUUCCGACGAAAGAAAAAAUUUGCCAGUGAAAUUUUUCACCUCCCGUUUACAAGUCCCGAGGUAUAUUCACCCUCGCUUUUCUUUUUUGGUUCUCCGGUAGAAAUUCUUUUCGCUAUCGGUACAGGGGUCCUCGGGGACGUCGAAACUGAACCAAGCGGGCGAAGAACGCAUCUCGAGGCUGAACGCUGGGUAGAAUUUUCCCCGAAGAUAUUCCCUUCGGAAUCGGGUUCAGGAAUCGUUGAACGGGACCCGGUUUUUAGGCAAACGCAAAAACGAUCCCUAGAAUUUUCACGAGGAUAAAACAAGUGCUGUGAUUCGAAAAGUGUUUUUAGACUCUAAACGACCGAUCGGAAGGAACGUUCCGCCGGUGGGGAAUCGAAUUCGGAAGAUGACGGUGCGCGAAGGAGAGUUGACCGAUCGCAUAAUGAGGCACAGUAGUUCGUGGCCCGUAAAAGUGCGUAUCAACCCGACAACGAGGUCAUACACGAUAAUCCCGACGUUUCACGGCGACAAAUACUGCUGCGAAUUUUCCGCUCGAUUGAACGGAGCGCUUAUCGUCGAAACUGAGGACGAAAAAACAGCGCUCGAAGAUCCUGCGAGGAUAUGCAUCGUCGAGAUCGAGGAGAAGUCCGUGUACGACGUUGACGAACCGCUCGCAAAACUCCACGAGGCCAAGCGUGAGACGGAUACCGUUCUCGAAGAAGAUAAUCAUUAUACCGCUGAACAACUCUCCGACGAUGACGUUGCCUACGAGGGGAAAGAGAGCGUCGGCGGGCCACGCUCCCAAGGGAUGGAAGAAGGCAACCAACGUUUCGUGCAGGACCUCCUUAUGAUGGACGGUAAAAAUCCACCGACGUCUCUCGCGGAUUGCGGAGGAGGAGACGGCGAACUGUCCGGUGUGACGAAAAGUUUUUCGCGCCCCAAUCAGAGUUCUAAUAGAAAGUGGUCUCAGUCGUUGAGGAGGAAUGACACCUGGCCAGUUACUCCAACAAACGGAUCGUCUUGCUGCGAUUUUGGUACCGUGUUCAGAAGCGAAUCGUUGAAAUGUAACCGUAAAUCGAAUCUGGCCGCCUGCGACCGACUGCAAGAGAUAAUCAUUCUUAAUCACGUAUCGUCCGAAAAAUUGAGGUCCAGAUCCUCCCCGGAGGGAAGCCGAUCGGAUUGCACCGUUCUUAACGACAGGAUUUCAAACGUUGACGAGUCGCGGGAAUCAAGAGAUAACGUCCGCGGGAUCGGGAGCGAUUCCCCGUGCGAUAAAUCGUACCCCCUUCGCCGGGACGGUGCGGGUGAGACGGACGUCGAAGAAGGUCGGGAAAAUUGCAGCGAAGAAGAAAGGGACUCGGAGAGGGGAAAUUUGACAAGGAGGACAAACCACGCCUGUCCAAAGUGCACGGCUCAAGGACUCCUCGAGCUUAAAAUUGAUCCCUUUCGAGUGCAACCUGCCGUCGAGGCGCCGCAGCCGUCGAGAACUUCGCAAAGAAAUUGCCCGGAGAGCGGCACUUUUACCGAGAGACGUUAUCGUUCACAGUCAACGAAGCACGAGUCACGGGCUGAUAUCGCCAAGACAAACUUGGCCCAGCGUUCGAAAAGUUUCGGUGGCAGUUUGAAGAACAAUGCCGAAAACGGUACCUCGGGAAAACACUUGAUGGAUCAGCGAAAGGAGGCGACUCUGAGGAGGCAUUAUUACCCCGAGGGAGGUUGGGGGUACGUGAUCGUCACUUGUUCGGCAUUGGUACACUUCCUCGGAAUCGGUUUGCAGCUUUCGGCGCCCGGCAGUUGGCACGUUUCCGCCGAACUGAAAUUUCACCAUCCUCCUCUUCACUCCGCAGGAUGGCUCGGUGCGAUGUCUACGGGGGUAGCGCUCCUCGUGUCACCGGUAACAAUAGCUUUCUGCCGAAGAAAAAGUACCAGAGUGACGGCGGUGCUCGGCGGUCUAGUGACAGCCCUGGGCUGCCUUUUCACGUCGUUUGCUUCGCAGUUUCAUCAACUUUUCUUCAGCUAUGGUACCGUCGUAGGCAUAGGUGUGGGAAUGACGAGGGAUUGCAGUACGCUGAUGGUAGCGCAAUACUUCAAGAGGAGAAGGGAAUUCGUCGAGAUAUUCAUAGUCUCUGGAAGUGGUCUUGGAAUCGCCGUGAUGUCAGCGUUCAUUAAAGGAGCUAUAAGCAAAAUUGGAUGGCGACUGGGACUGCAAGCGGUGACCGGUGUCGUGUUCCUCACUUUUAUACUCGGCACAUUUUAUCGAAGUGCGUCACUUUAUCACCCUCAAAGACGGGCCAUUUUACACCUUAAAAAUCAGAAGCGCAAGAUCAAGGACAAAAACAAGGUCGACGACAGGCCGCCAUUCUUCGACUUCAGUACCCUGAAGAGUAAAACGGUCAGGAUACUCCUCGUCUCGACCGGAAUAUCUGCUUUUGGCAUUAACACCCCAAUAUUUUAUCUGGCGCAUCAGGCCGAAGAAGAAGGUCUCGGAGACACGGUUGUUCUUCUUCAGACUUACCUUGGACUCGCUUGGACUUUGGGCUGCGUUGCAUUCGGACUUCUAGUCGUUCAUCACAGCGUCGAAUGCAGAAUAGCUCGGCAGUACUUGACUCAGGCUGCAGUUUUCAUGUGCGGAUUAUGCAUCCUCGCUCUUACCGCCGUACACGGAAAUUACCACGGCUACGUAAUGUUCACGUGGAUCUAUGGUAUAUUCUGCGGCGGUUAUCACUAUAGCUUGAAAAUGUACACCUACGAGAGGGUAAGGGCUAGAAAUUUCGCCAGGACUUGGGGAUUCGUUCAAUGCUCGCAAGCUAUACCGAUUGCGAUCGGAGUUCCUAUAUCAGGUUACAUAAACGUCGGUUGCGGAGGCAAAGCUGGAUAUUACUUCAGUUCUACCUGCGUUUUGGUGGGCAGCUUUACGUUAUUCUUCAUCGAUCUCCACCGUAGAAGUUUGUCGAGGCACAAACACACGAGAGCUAACGGUACCCGGCACCUUUGCGUGUCGGAUAAUUGCCCGCAAAGGAGAAGAUUAUCCUUCACUCAAGAACCGGAGAACGAAGGUGUCGCGGCCGGAGCCGCCGCUGCUGCUCUCAUGCUCGGUGCCGAGCUCGCACCUGCGCCAGGUGAAAUCGCGGAGACUCUGGCCGGUGAAAAACCAGAGUUAACUUGUAUAUCCGAGGAGGGUAUAGCGGACAUGGAUCUCCCCGACAACUUAUUGGACGAUCUCGACUACAUCGGCGACUGCAUAACUUCUUGUAACAAGGUCGAAAACUAUUUGAUGCUCUCCGAAUUCGAGAACAACUUGAUAGCCGAGAUGCCGAUAAUCCUCGACCGGAAAGGACGAAGAUGGUCAUUGGCGAGGUCGAAGGGACAAGCGCCCGGAAGUCAAGGUGGAGCCAGCCAAGGUCCACCGGAAGAUGAAGAGGUCAAGCCAAAAUGGCGACUGAUGACCGCGCCUCCGAAUAAUCGAGUGAUCACCGUCAUCGACGAAGCCAGUACGUAAUAGCCGGUUAGAUUUAAAUGAUCUUUGGAAGAGAAAGAAGCGAUCGAAUUAUCCAUGACUGUGGACAUACAAAAAAAAAUAAUAAAAAAAUACCAGCUGCAACGUUCCCCUGCAAUGUUUCGAUAAAUUGUCGCAUGUAAUGUCAAUAAAUAGUUGAUUAGAUUUCGGUAGCUAUAGAAAUAAUUUUAAAUUAAUGAUAACGCGUAGUAAUAGAAGUUUAAUAUUAUUGACGAAAAGUAGUUUUUAGACCGUGAGAGGGUGAGACGGAUUGUCGAUAUAUUUUCUUAUGCACAAUAAUAUAUUAAUAGUAAUAUCGACGGAAGAAUUAAAAAAAAAAAAAAAAAAACCAACAGCUGC